AUUUUCCUGAUCAACCUGAAGCGCCGGCUGGACAGAAGAACCAGGAUGCUGAAAACAAUGGCCUCACUGGGUCUACAGGCAACGCUGACAGAUGCAGUGGACGGCAAGGCUCUGAAUACAUCCCAGUUGCAGGCGUUGGGAAUAGAGAUGAUGCCGGGCUACAAGGAUCCUUACUCCGGUCGAGUCCUGACCAGAGGGGAGAUCGGUUGCUUCCUCAGCCAUCACUCUAUAUGGACACAGGUGAUAGAACGUGGCCUCCAGAAGGUUCUUGUUUUGGAGGACGACGUGAGGUUUGAGCCCAGGUUUAAACGACGGCUAGAGGCCAUAAUGGAUGACAUCGACAAAGCCCAGCUGGACUGGGACCUCAUCUAUGUGGGACGUAAGCGUAUGCAGGUGCAGAAGCCUGAGCAGUCGGUGGAAGGUAUAAACAACCUGGUUGAGGCCGACUACUCCUACUGGACACUCGGCUAUGCGCUGUCGCAGCAAGGAGCCAGAAAGUUACUGGCUGCACAGCCGCUCGCAAGGAUGCUGCCUGUUGACGAGUUCCUGCCAGUCAUGUUCAACAAACACCCCAA